AUGAUCCCAAGACUCGGCCACUCCCUAGCGACCGCAGCUGGCCGCCGGACGUUCUCCCAGACAGCACACCGACAAGGCUACGAGGCCACGAUCAAAAAUCUUCUCAUCCAUAAAGACACCAAGGUGCUCUGUCAAGGGUUCACAGGAAAGACUGCUACGUUCCAUUCGCGAGAGGCCCUUCAAUAUGGCACGAAUCUGGUCGGUGGUGUGUCACCUCACAAGGCUGGCGAGCUACAUCUCGGCUUGCCCGUCUUCGGAACUGUGAAAGAGGCUGUACGAGAACUCAAGCCCGACGCGACAGUACUCUACGUCCCACCACCGUUUGCGGCGGAUGCCAUCAUUGAGGCGAUUCAGAAUGAGAUCGGGCUCAUUGUGUGCAUCACAGAGGGUAUUCCUCAGGCUGACGAGAUAAAGGUCGCGCAAGCACUGAGGAGUCAGUCGAAGUCGCGUCUUGUGGGCCCCAACUGCCCAGGCAUCAUAAACCCAUUAGGCUGCAAGAUGGGCAUUCAGCCGGGGCACAUCCACAAGCCGGGUACCAUCGGGGUCGUAUCCCGCUCGGGCACAUUAACCUACGAAGCAGUGGCCCAGACCACCGAUGUUGGUUUGGGCCAGUCCCUCUGUAUCGGAAUCGGCGGAGACCCGUUCCCGGGUACGAAGCACAUCGACUGUGUCAAGCUCUUCCUGGACGAUCCCAACACCGAAGGCAUCGUGAUCAUUGGUGAGAUCGGUGGUUCCAUGGAGGAGGACGCUGCUGCGUAUCUUGAGCAGUACAACAAGACACGCAGCAAGCCGAAGCCAGUCGUCGGCUUCAUCGCUGGGCGGACCGCGCCUCCAGGCAGGCGGAUGGGGCAUGCAGGCGCCAUCAUCUCUGGCGGGAAGGGUGCCGCAAAAGACAAGGUGGCCGCGCUUGAGAAGGCUGGCGUCAUCGUCACCGACAGCCCCGCGAAGAUCGGCACCGAGAUGCUGAAGGCCAUGCAAGCUGCCGGAUUCAACUUGUAG